AGCCCCCGCGCUCAGAGCCUUUCGAUGGAGGAUGAGGUAGCCAUGUUGUAGCGGGGAGAAGAGCAGGUCUGUACGAGGGACAAAGCGGAUAUAUUCAGUGUAGAAUCGGUUCGUCGGGACCGUCCAUCCUGCCCUCUGAUCGGACUGAAACCUUCCAGCAGGCACCAUGAGCGGCGGGACGCCUUACCUGGGCAGUAAAAUCAGCCUGAUCUCGAAGGCCGAGAUCCGCUACGAGGGGAUCCUGUACACCAUCGACACCGAGAACUCCACGGUGGCUCUGGCUAAAGUCCGCUCCUUCGGCACCGAGGACCGGCCCACGGACCGGCCCAUCCCCCCUCGAGAUGACACCUUUGAGUACAUCAUCUUCAGAGGCAGCGACAUCAAGGACCUGACAGUGUGCGAGCCGCCCAAGCCGACAUGCUCUCUGCCUCAGGACCCGGCGAUAGUCCAGUCGUCCAUGAGCUCCAGCUCCUUGUCUUCUGCUGCUGCCGCUCCGACUCCGUUCCAGUCCGCUGGCUCCUACGGCCUCUUCAACCGAGCUCCUGUUCCGGCCUACAACCAGUUCACCGCCAGCCCCCUGGUGUCCCCCCAGUUUGGACCUGUUGGUGUUGGUAAGCACACAGCAGGUCGCAGCAGCCCCAGUCUGGACCCUCUGAGGAAGAGUCCCACCCUCGAGCAGGUGAUCCAAACCGCCUCAUCGGCCCCCACCGCCGCCCCCUCUGCUCCAGCCCCUGGCCUGGGGCGCAGGAGCCCCGCCCAUGCUCGCACGGCCCCCUCCGCGGCGGGCCAGGGAGGGCAGAAGGUGCAGCAACAGCAGGACGGUGUGGACACGAGGAGGGGUGAGACUGUCAGGGGAGGCCGCAGCAGCUGGUCUUCACCCCGAACCAUCUCCGCCUCUCACAUCAGUGCUGUAGAUAGAGCGUCAGCUGCAGGCCCCGCCCACUCUGUCUUUAGCCACGCAGGCGCAGACGGCCCCAAAGCGGUGAAAGGCGAGUGUGAGCAGGCGCGAGGCGGAGGCGGGGAGCCCGCGGCUCAGGGAGCACCGGCCAACCGGCGUGUACGAGGCAGUGGCUACCGUGGAAGAGGGCGCUUUAAUGUUCGCCGAGACGGACCGAUGAAGUUCGAGAAGGACUUUGACUUUGAGAGUGCCAACGCCCAGUUCAACAAGGAGGAGAUCGACAAAGAGUUUCAGAGCAAGCUGAAGCUGAAAGACGAGAAGGCGGAGAAGGCGGUGAACGGGGAGGAGAAAGGCGACUCUGCUGUUGAAACUCAGAACAGCGAGGGGAACGCUGAAGAGGAGGGUGACCCGCUGGGACCCAACUGCUACUACGACAAGUCCAAGUCCUUCUUCGACAACAUCUCGUGUGACGACACCAGGAAAGCAAACGAGAAGUCUGGAGGCUCCGUGUUCCCAAGGGAGCGGAGGCAGACCUGGGCGGAGGAGAGGAGGAUGAACGCCGAGACAUUCGGCAUCCCUCUCCGUCAGGGCAGAGGACGCGGAGGUUACCGCGGGCGGGGAGGGAUGGGUUACCGUGGAGGGCGGGGUCGCUCGGCCAGCCGGGGGUCCUUUGGGCCGCCACAGGGGGUCGGAGGCUACAGGGGAGGAUACAGAGGAAACCAGGCGGGCCGCGAGUUUGCCGACCUUUCAGCGUACAGGAAGGACAACAAAGUGGCGGCGUAGAGAGAAUGGACCGAAGCUUCUUCAGGCUUCAAAGGAAAACAGGAAGUUUGGGUUGCUAUUUGUUGACUAAAAUAAUGAAGAUUGUCUACUAGUUGUAUAUUUGUCACCAGCACUGAGGUAGACUGCUCGAACACGCCGAUGGAGAUGAGGAGGAGGCGGUUCAUCUGAGAAACAUUCAAAACAAGAAAAAAAGUCCAGAUCUCUUCACGCUAACGUGACGGUGGCUGGAGUGUAAAUGUCAUUUUGUUUCUGGGAUGUUUUUGUUCUUCAUACUGAUCUUCCCUGAACCUGUACUGAUCCUGCUCUGUUAGCGUCCAGGUUACA